CCCACGUAGGCGCCCAUCACGGCAGUGAAAUUCGUGCAGCAGCUUCACCAGUAGUGCUAUGGUAGUAGUAGGGUAGUACUGUAGUGGGCAUGGUUGUUGGAGGUGAUCGACCAACUACAAGAGAGAGAGAGAGAGAGAAAACGGGGCCGAUGAUUAGCCCUUUGAAGACUUUGAAUGAUCCAACCACUGCUUCAGAACCCCUACUACUCCUACUACUACCAGUAGUUAUCACUAAUUAUUGCGCGGCUGGCUCUGCCUCUAGAGGCUCGCUGUCCGCCUAGUUUUUCUCUGUGAACAAGAAAGGGGAGGGGAAUCGAGUAAGCGAGGGAGGCAUGGCGGCGGCGAAGCCGGGUGGCAUCGACACGGCGGAGCUGGACGCGGUGCUGCACGCGGUGGGCUUCGAGAUGCAGGAGGUGUCGCCAUCGCUGCUCUCCGGCCGGCUCCCGGUCACGGGGCGCUGCUGCCAGCCGUUCAAGGUGCUGCACGGCGGCGUGUCGGCGCUGGUGUCGGAGGGCCUGGCCAGCAUGGGCGCGCACAUGGCGUCCGGGUACAGCCGCGUCGCCGGCGUGCACCUCGCCAUCAACCACUUCCGCAGCGCCGCCCUCGGCGACGUCGUCCUCGCGCGCGCCGUCCCCGUCCACCUCGGACGCUCCACCCAGGUGUGGGAGGUGAAGCUGUGGAAGAUGGACCCGUCGGAGGAGGGGAAGAAGGGCCCGCAGAUCGCCGAGUCCAGGGUCACGCUGCUCUGCAACCUGCCCGUGCCGGACAACCUGCACCACGCCGGCGACGCCCUCAAGAAGUACGCCGCCGCAGCUGCAUCAACAACCACCCCCACCAGCAAACUGUAGCUACUCGAAGUAUCGUUAUCAUCUCGAUGUGUACAUUUACUAGUACAUAAUUCUCAUUUCUUGUUUGGUCGCCUAUCAAGCGAUUAAUAAUAAUUUAAGAACAGACAAACCCUAUCAGUUACUCCUUUUCUUUUGACAUUAUCCUAUCUUUCCUUUUGGACAUUAUCCUAUCAGGUUCUCCCUCUGUACUUUAGUGAUGUGAUCGAAACGCUUUUAUAUUUCUUUACGGAUGAA